AUGGAUUAAUAAAUAAAAAAAGAGGAUGAAGAAAUUUAAAUAGAUGACAUAAAAUAUUAGAUAAGUUCAGCAAAAGUAGAUGGAAAAGAAUAUUAUUUGUAUGAAUACAAAAAAGAACUUAAUAAAGAUGAGAAUGAUAAAUUAACUUAAUUUUUAUAAAAAUUAGAAACUGGAUUAAAAGGAGAAGAAGGAAUGGAAGGUGUUAUGAAUAUUUGUAAAGGAUGGAAAAAAGAAUGUGAAUAACAAUAAUUUUAAUGA